ACCGGUCAACAAUAUCGGACUGGACAUCGGUGUAGGGGUCAGUUUCAUUUUGACACUCAGACCACUCAAACGUAGCUAUGGGACCUAAAAAAAUUCUGAAAGCUUUAAUACUUGUAGUUGUUAUAGCAGUUACUUUAGCAGGAGAAGAUGGAGUCGAUAAAAAGGGUGAUCUACCGCAAGUGGAAAUUGAGGUGAUUGUCGGUCCGUCUGAGGCUGGAUGUUCCCGGAAAUCUAAAGCAAAGGAUGUCUUGAAAGUCCAUUUUGACGGAUACUUACAAGACGGCACCAAAUUUGAUUCGAGUCGUGAAAGUGGUGCCGAUCCGAUAAUGGUCCAGCUCGGCAGUAAGACGGUGCUCAAGGGAUGGGACAUCGGUCUCAUAGACAUGUGUGUCGGAGAGAAGCGAAAACUCACCAUCCCGCCAAGGUUCGCCUACGGAUCACAGGGACGCGGUGGUGUACCCGGAAAGGCGACAGUAAUAUUCGAGGUGGAGUUGUAUGACAUCCAGGGUGGGAUACAUCUGUCCGACGCCUUCUCGAGAUUGGAUUUGGAUAUGGACGGUUUCAUUGAUACAAACGAGUUUGAGGACCAGCUGAAAGCUGCAUCAAAGACGAAAGAGUUCCCGAUCCCUGAAGACGAGUUCAUGGUACGGCAAAUUGUCCAAAUGGCCUUCCAGGCAGGUGACAAAGAUCGCGAUGGUCUCCUAAGUGAGAAAGAACUGGGCAAGAUUCCUGGUUUGAGAAACAUUUUCUCAAGGAAAGAUGAGCUUUAAUGGAACAUCCAAUUAUGAGUGUCGCUAUUAUCUGUAUUCAACAUUUUACUUGAUCGGACCAAAAAAAGUGAUAUCUUGCAACUAUAGGUACCAUUGUCAUUUAAAUUUCGGGAAUUGUUUUCCGGAUUUCAAGAAGACAUAACAGUCAUGGAAUAAGAGUUCUGUCACCAUUUUGGACUGAAUAAGAAAUAGUGUCACCUUUCGAGUAUACUGUACAUCGUAUUUGAAAUCCGAAAUGAAAACAUAAAUCGUCAAUUUAUAUUUAAGAGCUGACUAAUAACUUGAAUUUACGUCAUAUGCAAUAGGAUAUGAUUUAAACACAAUUUUUUUUUUAUUUUAUAUGAAUAUUGUGAUGUUAGGCGUAAUUUGUCGGGAUUAUAGGCCGAUAAAUAUGGCAGAUGAUAAAAAUGAAUGAAGUACUAUAUAUAUAUAUAUAUCAUACUGAAUCAUUGUGAUGUGAUGUAAAUGGACUUUGACAGGGAAUUAACGGAUGUAGAUAGAUAGAUAGAUAGAUAGAUAGAUAGAUAGAUAGAUAGAUAGAUAGAUAGAUAGAUAGAUAGAUAGAUAGAUAGAUAGAUAGAUAGAUAGAUAGAUAGAUAGAUAGAUAGAUAAAUUGAUAGAUAGAUAGAUAGAUAGAUAGAUAGAUAGAUAGAUAGAUAGAUAGAUUCAAGGAGAAUAGAUGGUAUUUGAAGUAACAGAUACAGGGUAUAUGUACAUGUGUGAAUGUGUUUAAUGAUAGUUAAAAUUAGACAUUUACAACAAAGAGGCGUCAUACAAACAAAUAAGAAACACAUUUUAGUACCAUGAUGGAUGUUGUUUUUAUAAUUGAUUAUUUAUUUAUAGAUUUUAUAAUUUAUUUCAUUAUAUACAAAAUGUACAUGUAACAAACAAACGAUCUGACUGGCGAUGUAAGCGUAACGGAUUUCUCACAAUGAAUAAGUUAAUUAUCAAUUUAGUUGUCUAAGAUAAACACCAAAAUCAUUUAAAUGUUUCUUAAGCCUAUUCACGUAGACAUCUUUUAUGUGCGUCAAGAAUCAUAAAAAACCCAGAAUAUCCAUACUUAAAGUAUUACUGUAACGCGGCAUUUUCAUGUGCACUGUGAUUUUCGUAUAGUGCUCGAGAACUUAGUACAAGCAUGAUCUUUGUAAUAACCAAUGAUUUGGAAAACUAUGAUUAAUGCGAUUAGCUAUCCUAUUAAUGGUUUUAAUUUGUGUCAGAGCGAAGUGGUGCGCAGGCGCCGGUAAAAGGCCAUAAAAACAACGCUACCAAUUAUUAAUAACGUUGCAUUUAUUAACGGGCGUCAUUCUAUUUAUCUGUCACCCAGAUUGCAUUGAUCUUGCCAAUAAAUACAAUCUACCAAGCGUUAAAUUGUUAAAUGUUAUUCAUGGCAUGUGUGGAAUGUUAAUAGAAAUAACAGUUUCCUUAUUGUCACGUGAUUUUGUUUCCAUUGUGUCAUUGACGUUAGUCAGGUAACAGUGCUUUUUCACGUCAUAUCACUGCCGCAGUCACAUGACAUUCUUCCAUGGCCACGUGACGUUAUGUUCAUGUUACAUUUGUAUUUCAUGUUGUUUCUAUAAAAUGUGCAUUGUUUGCCUUAUCGAGUGAUAAGUUUGCUGUCAGCUUAAAGCUUAUUAAAAAGUAUCAUAUUUAA